CCAGCCGAUGCAGGGUGCAGAGCCAGUCCCCUGCUCUGUCUCUCCCAAGACUCCCUGGCGGAUUUUCUCAGGCCAGUGAGAAUUCAGCUGCCGCUCCCGCCUGGGGUCACAGGGCUAAAUUUGGAUCGGUCAAGGCUGCACCUUCUCCAUGGUGACCUGGAGGGUCAAACCUGGGAUGACAUUACCAGUCAGGUGGUUCUGGAAUUCACUCAUCUUUAUGCAGUGUUUGAAGUCACCCACUUCUCCUGGUACUGGCUGUGGUACACCACCAAGACCUACAUUGGAGGCAUUGCCAAGAAAGUCUAUGAGCGGCUGCGGAUGUACCAGGUGAACUUCAUUGCUCUGCAGAGGAAGAAGGACCCUGAGCAAGUCCUGCUACAGUGUGUCCCCAAGCACAAGGUUGACCCGGUGCUGAAGAAGCUGCAGGACCGUUACCGAGGACCUGAGCCAUCUGACAUGGUGGAGAUGUUUGAGGGAGAGCAAUUUUUUGCAGCUUUUGAGCGAGGCAUCAGCAUUGAUAUGGAUCGUCCCGACUGCGUGGAUGGGCGUCUCUCCUUUAUUUUUUACUCCCAUUUGAAGAACAUGAAGGAAAUCUAUGUGACCUCCCCUGUGGACAGGAAAGGCCAAGCUGUAAAAGGCCAGGUCUCUUUCUACCGAGGGGCAGUUCCCGAGAGUGUCCCUGAAGAUGCCAGCAGGAGGAGGAGGGGACCAGACUCCCUCUGGCUCGCUACUCUGCCCAUCAAACUGCCUCGACUGAAGCCCCGCUGGAGUGAGAACCCCAGUCCCCUGAAUGGCUUCUCCUUCCCUCCCUUGAACCUGGGUAAUGCUGAGACUGGCUACCUGACACAGGGCAACCUGCUGAGCAUCGCCCGGCGUGUGGGAGCCGACUGGCAAACCAUCGGCCUCAACCUGGGCCUGACCUACCAGCAGAUCGAGCGCAUAGGAUACAAUAACAGAGAGGACCUUGAUAAGCAGAUCCUGGACAUGCUUUUCUCAUGGGCUCAGCAAAACUCGGAGGAUCCUGACUGUGUGAGCAAGUUGAUUACAGCCAUGAAAGAGAGCGGCCGGCAGGACAUUGCUGAUGAGGUUGAAACCAUCAUCGAGCUGGGACGGCAGAAAUACAGGGAGUCCAUCCGCCGGGUGGGCUUGGAGCAGGAGAGCAGCACUGAGGACUCUGCAAUAGCUAUGGUGUAG